AGAAAUUAACUCACUUCCUUUUGAACUUGUAGUCGGAUGUCAGAGACAGCUAUGAUGCUUUAGCUCUAGCAUUAGCCAACUAGUUUAACAACCUCCAGUCACCGGAGAAGCACUUUUGCUGCCUGCAUCCCGCACCGGCACCUUUCCCGUCAGCAUAAAGAGCAAUUUGUGCAUACCAAAAUGCCGAACAUUGUGCUUUUCAGCGGGAGCUCACACCAUGAUCUGUCACAGAAAGUGGCAGAUCGCCUCGGCUUGGAACUGGGCAAAGUAACCACAAAGAAAUUCAGCAACCAAGAAACAUGUGUGGAGAUUGGUGAGAGCGUGCGCGGGGAGGACGUGUACAUCGUACAGAGCGGCUGUGGCGAGAUAAACGACAACCUAAUGGAGCUGCUGAUCAUGAUCAACGCCUGCAAGAUCGCCUCCUCGUCACGCGUCACCGCUGUCAUCCCCUGCUUCCCCUACGCCAGACAGGACAAGAAGGAUAAGUCUCGUGCUCCCAUCUCGGCUAAGCUGGUGGCCAACAUGCUGUCUGUGGCUGGAGCCGACCACAUUAUCACCAUGGACCUCCACGCGUCACAGAUACAGGGCUUCUUUGACAUCGCUGUGGAUAACCUGUAUGCUGAGCCCGCUGUGCUGCAGUGGGUCCGGGAGAACAUUCCGGAAUGGAAGAACUGCAUCAUCGUCUCACCAGAUGCUGGAGGAGCAAAGAGAGUGACCUCCAUAGCAGACCGAUUGAAUGUGGAGUUUGCGCUCAUCCACAAGGAGCGCAAGAAGGCUAACGAGGUGGACCGCAUGGUGUUGGUGGGGGACGUGAAAGACCGCGUUGCUAUCCUGGUGGACGACAUGGCCGACACCUGCGGAACCAUCUGCCACGCCGCUGACAAGUUGAUCUCUGCGGGUGCGAUAAAGGUGUACGCCAUCCUGACACACGGCAUCUUCUCUGGGCCGGCCAUCUCGCGCAUCAACAACGCUCCCUUCGAGGCAGUGGUGGUCACCAACACCAUCCCCCAAGAGGAGAAGAUGAAGUCGUGCCCCAAAAUACAGGUCAUUGACAUCUCCAUGAUCCUGGCUGAGGCCAUCAGGCGGACCCACAAUGGGGAGUCGGUCUCCUACCUCUUCAGUCACGUGCCCCUGUGAAAACCACAUGCUCUUGCUCCUGUUAAAAACGCACACACAGGCUAUUUGCACCUCUCCAUCUCCCCCACUGCCAAUCCUCUGGACACAGACACAGACACAGACACAGACACAGACACAGACACACAGACACACAGACACACAGACACACAGAC